CUCGUCAUCGGUGUCAGUGGGAGGAAUAGUGCCUCGUCAUCGUGCCCCAUCCUUGGUGUCAGUGGGGGGAGGAAUAGUGCCCCAUCCUUGGUGUCAGUGGGGGGAGGAAUAGUGCCCCAUCCUUGGUGUCAGUGGGGGGAGGAAUAGUGCCCCAUCCUUGGUGUCAGUGGGGGGAGGAAUAGUGCCCCAUCCUUGGUGUCAGUGGGGGGAGGAAUAGUGCCCCAUCCUUGGUGUCAGUGGGGGGAGGAAU